CUGCGCAUAUUGACGGGAGAAAUACUCCUGAGGAGUGGAGAGUAUGAAAAAGAUGGUUUUGUGUGCAGAGUAACGAGGAGAUGGCUCCGGGACCAGUGGACACCAGGUUUAAAUAUUUUUGCAAAAUCAUCCAAGGCGGUGCCAGCGUUUUGGCGCUGCAAGAUCUCCUUUGUUUUGUCUCUCUCUCUCUCUCCCCCCCCCCCUCCCUCUCUCUCUCCCAACGCUCUCUCGGCUGCCGGAUCGAACACCCGACCAGGCGACGACGCUGUGGCCCUUCCCCCGGCAGAGACAUCGCCUUUGCCCCCGCUCCAGCCUCCUCUCCCCGCACAACUGAAAACUCCAUUCACCCAGCUCGACUGAAGGCUCCUCCGUUCGGAAGCCGGAACCAGCUCCUCCCGCCGCAGAACCGCACCUCCCGUCUGCAUGAAAACAGGACAAUCCCAGAGCAGGAGGGACAAGCGGCUGAGCACAGCGGGGCAGGCAGCAGCGGUCCCGGCAGAGGGGGAAAUCGUGUCGGGCUCUGCGUCAGAUUUUUCUCAAGAUGCUGCUCGACCUGCUGAGUUCCUCCAGCAGAUUGUUUGCUGCUCCAGAUUCCAGCAUCUGCAGUCCCUGGUGUUGACAUUAACUCUGUUUCUCUUUCCUUAGAUGCUGCCUGAAUUGAUGCUGUCUGACCCGUGUCCAGCAUUUUUUAUUUUUAUUGUGAGUAUAAAUGUGGCUAUUGAUUUAGCUGCAAGGAUCACUUUGCCUUUGCUCUGCAGGCAGUCUGGAAACACAGAUGAGCAAACUGAGAUUGGGACCAGUCUCCAGACACUGCUGAUGUCCAAAUCAUUGCAGGAUACAACAAGCAGAGGAUUUGUUCAUGGGAAUCUCAAACACAACAUCAGUGAAUUCACACUGGGGAGAGGCCGUUCACCUGCUCUGAGUGUGGGAAGGGAUUCACUCGAUGAUUUCUGUUGCUGAUGCACCAAAAAAUUCACAGAGAAGAGGUCGUGUCUCUGCACUGAGUGUGGGAAGGGCUUCCUUCAGUCAACCCACCUGCUGGCACACCAACUUAUUCAUACUGGGGAGCGGCCAUUCUGCUCAACGUGUGGUAAGGGAUUGGCUCAGUGAUCCAGCCUGAUGACGCACCAGCGAGUUCAUGCUGGGGAUAGGCCAUUCUCCUGCUCGGAGUGUGGGAAGGCUUUUGCUUACUCAUCCCACUUGCAGGCACACCAGUGAGUUCACACUGGGGAGAGACCGUUCUCCUGCUCAACGUGUGGGAAAGGAUUCAGUCGGUUAUCCAGCCUGAUAACACACCAGAGAGUUCACACUGGGGAGAGGCCGUACACCUGCUCUGAGUGCGGGAAGGGAUUCACUGAUUCAUCUCAGCUGCUGAGACACCAGUGAGUUCACACUGGGGAGAAGCCGUACACCUGCUCUGAGUGCGGGAAGGGAUUCACUUGGUUGUCCCUUUUCCUGAGACACCAGCGAGUUCACGCCGGGGAGAGGCCGUACACCUGCUCUGAGUGUGGGAAGGGAUUCACUGAGUCAUCUGAGCUGCUGGUACACCAGCGGGUUCACACUGGGGAGAGGCCGUACACCUGCUCCGAGUGCGGGAAGGGAUUCACUCGGUCGUCCCAUCUGCUGACACACCAGAGAUUUCACACCGGGGAGAGGCCAUUCAUCUGCUCGACAUGCGGGAAGGGAUUCACAGAGUCGUCUCAGCUGCUGAUACACCAGCGGGUUCACACCGGGGAGAGGCCGUACACCUGCUCCGAGUGUGGGAAGGGAUUCACUCGGUCAUCCUAUUUGUCUGGACACCAGCGAGUUCACACUGGGGAGAGGCCGUACACCUGCUCCGAGUGCAGUAAGGGAUUCGCUCAGUUGACCCAUUUGCUGACACACCAGCGAGUUCACUCUGGGGAGAGGCCAUACACCUGCUCCGAGUGUGGGAAGGGAUUCACUUGGUCGUCCCAUUUGCUGAGGCACCAGCGAGUUCACACCGGGUAGAGGCCAUUCACCUGCUCUGAAUGCGGGAAGGGAUUCCCUUGCUCAUCUGACCUUCUGAAACAGCAGCAAAUUCACACUGUGGAGAAAGAUUAAACAUGCUGUAUGCUCAAUGUACAAUCGUCACUUCUGCUGAAAUCUAGCGCAAAUUCACAAGUGUUGUGGAUGUUCACGGGGGUUGGAUUCUGUCGACGCUGCUGAUCUCGCCCAGGAUUGAACUCUGGUCAUUGGGCACAGUUGAUUUUCUUUUGUAAUCUCUUUAACUGAGUUAGAGUUCAAUGUUCUGGAUCUCUGAUUAAAAUAAAGCAGUUCUGUUUGAAACACGU